AUGUGGUCUCCCGCCUCCUCUAUCAGGGCCCUUCUAGCUGCACUCCCGGUGUUUUCUGGCUUUAUAGUGAACAUCGAGCUGCCAAUUACUCACAUAGGUAGUGUUCCAUUCUAUGAUCCCCGUGUCCUUGGAGGCUCCAUGCUAGACAACGCCGGGGGUGGUUAUGGGGAACCUCUUAAUGUCAUCAUCUCCGGGACGAGUUCCCCAGAAGUCCUCACGGAGAAUGGUUUUAUCAAGUUCGCUCUGGCUUUAGGCUUCGCAAGAGAAUGUCUCGACAUCCACUUGGGCGCUCCCAUGCCUGCCAACCUUGGCGACGGCAAUGGCUGGGUUAAUCAAACCAUCGAAUUGCGGCACGACUAUGCCAUCGGGGGGACAUGCGCGGAGACCAUCUUUGGUGGUAACCACCUGAGACUGUUCGUGCAGAACGGCACAGAAGCGGACAGUGGUGCUCUAUUCUUAGCUGUCUCGAAAGAGGAGGACCUCGAAGAGCACCACACCAUUUCACCAAACGGAUACGAUCGCGGGCGUACCAUCCGGAUUCCGUUUGGAUCAGAGAAACACGCGUCCAUAGCUAAGCAGGUCAUCGAGGUGGACAGGGAGCUGCAACCCCAAGCUGUGAAGAGGACAUUGUCAGUCGAAGACCGAACAUUGGUUGCCAACUUCGAGACGCUGACGAUCAGGCUUUCUCGUCUAACGGUCAAUGCGUUUCUGGAGAAUGUUGACCUCGUCGUACGGACGAUCGGGGAGUUCGGGGAGAACGCGGAAUGCGGUACAACGACGUAG